AUGGUGGGAAGCAAUUGCACCCAAGCGACUGAGUUCAGCUUAACGGGGUUCACACAGGACCCGGCAACUCAGGUCACCCUCUUCCUGAUGUUUCUGCUUGUCUAUCUUUUCACCAUCCUGGGGAACCUCGGGAUGAUCGUGUUAAUCAGGGGCAGCCCUCAGCUCCACUCCCCCAUGUAUUAUUUUUUGGGUAACCUGGCUUUUGUAGACCUCUGUUCUUCCACUGUCAUCACCCCCAAGAUGUUGGUUGACUUUAUGUCGGAGCGGAAGGGCAUUGCUUAUGCUGGGUGCGUGGCUCAGGUGUUCAUCUUUGAUCUUUUUGGGAUGACCGAAGGAUGCCUGCUGGCUAUGAUGGCGUAUGACCGUUACGUGGCCAUUUGCCAUCCCCUGGUAUAUCCCAUCAUCAUGUCCCCAAAAUGUUGUUUCCAACUGGUGACGGGGUCAUAUCUCGUGGGGCUGACAAAUGGCAUGGGGCAGACCAUCAGCAUGUGCAAUUUAUCCUUCUGUGGCUCCAGCACCGUCGACCUGUUCUUCUGCGACAUUUCCCCUCUGAUAGCACUCGCAACCUCCGACACCACCCUCAGCCACAUUAUCCUGAGGACUUCAGCGUUUUUGUUUGGCGUGUCCAGCAGCCUCAUUGUCCUGGUCUCCUACGUUCCCAUCAUCUCUACCAUCCUGAGCAUCAGCUCAGCCAAGGGCAAGCACAAAGCCUUCUCCACCUGCGCCUCCCACCUCACCACUGUGAGCAUCUUCUACGGGACAUCAUUUUUUAUGUACUUAAAGCCCAGCUCAGACAGCUCAAGGGGAGGAGAUAAAUGGGUUGCAGUGCUCUACACCUUGGUAACCCCCAUGCUGAACCCCUUGAUCUACAGCCUGAGGAAUAAGGAGGUGAAGGAGGCUUUGAAGAGACUCACACAAAUAAAAUGA